CCGUUACCUUCACACUUGAUGUUUUUGGAGUUUCUCUUUCGCGUUCAUUUAGCCGCGAGUUUGAUGUUUUUCCCACCGGAAUGUUCAAAAUUCUUAUCAACACGUUUCGUUUUAGUAGAUUUCUGUGUCGUGCACGAAACAUCCAAUUCUGGUUGAAGAAACAUUGGUAAUGAAUAUUUGAGGUGUGCAUGAUGUUCACUACAAACGCUGUGCAGACCGGCACAGUGCCGACUCUUCAGUAUCAGGAGCAUACUAUUAAAAAAUCAAAUCCUAACAAUUUGGAGAAUGCAGAUCAUAAAGAGGAGGUCAACCAACAGCAAGAAGACCAGCAAACCCAGGAAUUCCCUACAUUUUGCUACACAACAAAUGUCAACAUGAUUGGCAAGAUAAAUACUGGGACAGCAAGUGGAGCAGGUGGCACUGUUGCUGGUGGUGUGAACAUUGCACAUCUUACCACCAGUGAUGACAAGACAUGCUACAUCGCACAACCAUUUUCAUACAACUAUGCACUGGUCAAUCAGAUGCAAAUUGCCCCAAAUGGUAUUCAGAAUACGAUAUCGAACAUUAGUUUCAAAUGUGAUGUGUGUGGUCUUAUGUUUGGACACCUUUCUUUGCUAAAUGCUCACAAAAGAAUACAUGCUCAAGAUACAGAUAGCAAUAUAACAGUAGUGGCCACAGGAGUGAGUGCUAGUAAUGAAGUAGCCAUGCCUCCACAUAUACAGAUUCUUUCUGCAGAUCAUAGUGAACAACAGCAGCAUCAUGUGCAGAUGCAAGACACUAAACCAAUAAUCAUAGACAAAGUUCAAAAAUGCAUCACCUGUGGAGGUCAUAUAGCCAACAAUCCAAAGAGAAAAGGUCCCAAACUCAUUCGGUGUGAAAACUGUAUUGCACAAGACUCUAUUGACCAGCAGAGAAAUACCCAGUUGAAUGCAACGCAGAUUUUCGUCGCGUCUGAAGACAAUGUAAAGUUUGAAGUGGGUGGCGUGAGCGGCGUGCAGCCGGCAUCUGAUCCACUCGCCAGCUCGCAAACCAAUCAGCAAACACAACAGAAACCUUUAAUGGGCCAUCACCCAGUGAAAAAACGAAGUCUGGCAUCAGUAACAAAAUGUCAAAACUGCAAUGGUUCAGGCAUAAUCUUCAUUGGUGGUAACAAGAACAAAUUGAACCAGUCAAAUGCUGAUAAGCCAUUCCACUGCAACAUUUGCGGAGGAUCUUUCUCACGGUAUUCCUCGUUAUGGUCGCACAAGAAACUGCAUUCUGGAGAGAAAAACUUCAAAUGUGGCAUCUGUGGUAUUGCAUUUGCUAAAGCUGUCUAUCUCAAAAACCAUUCGAGAAUUCAUACAGGCGAAAAGCCUUACAGAUGUAACACGUGCGGUAUGCAGUUUUCUCAAUCGCCACAUCUGAAAAACCACGAGAGAACACAUUCUGGCGAAAAACCUUACGUUUGUGAAGUAUGCGACAAAGGGUUCGCGCGACACGCAACAUUAUGGAAUCACCGGCGCAUUCACACCGGCGAGAAACCUUAUAAAUGUGAACAAUGCGGGUCGGCAUUCAGUCAAGCGGCACAUCUCAAGAAUCACGCGAAAGUGCAUUCAGGGGAGAAGCCUUUCAAAUGCGACAUUUGCCCUGCCGCCUUUGCCGAUCGGUUUGCGCUCAAGCGGCACAGAGGAAUACACGACAAAUAUGGCCAAACAGCGCCGCUUCCAUCGCGAAUACAGCAGAACCAGCAAGACCAACAGCAACAGCAAACUGAACAGCAAAACGCACAACCCGCUGUUGAAGUCGAACACCACGCAGAGCAGGCCCUAUGAGUCUAGCAUACCUUUUCAGUUAGUUAUUAACCCCACCCACCUCUCAUAACCGACUGAAAAGUACAUAAAAUUCAUUAUUGAAGUACUGAAAAUAAUGCAAUAAUUAUCAUUACAGAACUUCCAUUUAUUAGAUAUUUUUUUUGUCAUACAAACCCAUAUAUUUGAGAUGUGUAAAUAUUAUGAAUUUUCAAUUUAUGACAAAGCUCAACGAAACUAAAUUAAGAGUUUGAGGAACAUAAUUGUUACGACGCAAUAUCAUGUUGGGUUUACAUUUACCAGAAACGAGUAACACAUGCAUUGUAGUCUUGUUACGAAUCGAUUCAGAAUAAAAACACUUGACCAUUUUGUUCAUAUAUUGUAACACAAUCUGUCAAUCCUUAAUUAACAAACCACACUUAUGAGGAAUAACAUUUGUAACUAGGUCUAACGUCUUGAAGCGUAAUAAUGUUCUUGUCGUAUGCGCUUAUUAGUUUAAUUACAUAACUUAUUUUCGUUUUGCCUUAAUGUAAUGAUGAUUUAUGUAAAAUAUUUCUCAAAUGGACUAUGAGCUUCGUUAUUUAUCAAAACAACGCUGAUCGUCAGCCGGCAUAAUAGAUUAAUCUAUACAUAAUGAGUAGGGUUUACGGCAUUUACUGUACCGUAAAAUCUACACUUGAAAUAUACAUAAUUAAUUUGUGCGCAACGCAAUAUUAUAUACAAUAUUAUAAUGCACUUAGUGCAUUAUUGAAUUUCCGGAUCUUUGAUUGAAUUUUAUAUUUUAAAUGGUUAUAAUUGGCUGUGGAUACGCUAUACUCCAACAUACACAUGUUAUAAUUUUGAGAAUCAUGGAAAUGUCUGUUGAAACAUUACCAAUUUUUUGUACAUAAAUUAGGCAUGAGUUUAUACGCCUAAUUGUGAUUUAGUAUAUAGCAUAUCCAGGAACUUGACAAUUUAGUUUCGAAUGGACGGGAUGAACUUACACAAUAACACAUAUUUUGGUGUAUUAUGUUGUAGGCAUAUUUUGUUAAG